AUGGGCUGGCUCAGUCGCGAAAGAAUUGCCAUAGUCCUCUGGGGCCAUGAUGCCAAAGAUCGAGCCCUCCUAUCGAAGCUGGACUUUACUUUGCUCCCUUACUUCUCACUGAUCUGGUUUCUGUUCGGUAUCACCAGAGCCAGCUACUCAUCAGCUUAUAUCAGUGGGAUGAAGGAGGCGCUGCAUUUCGAAGGAAAGGACUACAACUACAUGAGCACCGCGUAUAUGGUCGUGUAUGCGGUGUGCCAGAUCCCAGGAACAAGUCUAUUGACGGUCCUGCGCCCGAAAUAUGUCUUUGUCACGGCGAACGUCAUCUGGAGUGUAUUGACGCUUGUCACGUAUAAGUUGACGGCGGCAUGGCAGGUCAUACUAUUGAAUGCGAUCGAGGGUGGGUUCUCGGCCAUUGCCUAUGUCGGGGGCCAUUUCAUACUCGGUUCCUGGUACCGCAAGUCCGAGCUGGGGAAACGGGCAGCGGUGUUCUGCUGCUUCGGGCAUGUUGGGAGUAUGGCUGGUGGUUGGAUUCAGGCUGGUUUGCUGCAGGCCUUGGCUGGCAAGGGAGGGUUGCCGGCCUGGCGAUGGAUUUUUAUCAUUGUAUCGGUCAUGACUAUCCCGGUUGCGCUAUUUGGAUGGUUCUUCAUCCCCGACCUCCCUGCUCAUCGAGCAGCUUGGUAUCUCAACCACGACGAAAAGGAACACGCAGCAGAGCGUUUGGGUAAAGUGCCUGAACAAUCAUGGGACUGGACCGUCCUUCGACGAGUCUUCCUCAGCUGGCAAUUCUAUCUCCUACCCUUGAUCUUCAUGCUGUACUCCGUCUGCGUCCAAUCCCUCAGCAACAACGUAAUGGCCCUCUGGAUGGCCUCUCGUGGCUACACCGUGAUCCAACAAAACAACUACCCAACAGGAAUCUAUGCGACAGCUAUCGUCGGAACGGUGCUAUACGCCGCGAUAUCCGACCAUCUCCGCUCACGAUGGGAAUGCUCCGUUGCCAUUGGAAUAACCUUCAUCAUCGGCAGCGCCAUUCUCGUCGCUAACCCGGCCAAAGACGCCGGCCACUUCUUCGCGUUUUACCUCCUCGGCACGACAUACGCGCCCCAGGCGUUGUGGUACUCGUGGAUGGCGGACGUCACGAGCCAUGAUAUUCAGUUACGUGCCAUCUCGACCGGGUUCAUGAACUCAUUUGACUUUGCGUUCGUGACGUGGUGGCCGCUGGUGUUUUAUCCGGUUACUGAUGCGCCGCACUUUGAGAAGGGGUAUAUUGCGAGUUUGGUGACGGGGGCAAUGACGUUACCGUUUAUUGGGUUGAUUGUAUAUUUGGAUAGGAAGGGCGUGGGGAGGGGGGCGAGUGAAAGCGACGCGGAGAGUCAGUCAGAGGGGAGUGUGAGGGAUGACGAGAGGGUGGAAGUGGUUAGGAGUGAGAGGAGGGUUAAGGGUGUUUAA